GCUCAUUCCUGCUUGUUGCUAUAAGCAGUCCUAAGGAACUUCAGUAAAGACUGUGAAACAGACCUGUUCUCAUCUGCCUGCUCCCUGCUCAGCCCUGCAACAUGUUUAAGUGCGGUAUUGCUUAUCCCAGAUGCAAAUGGAUCCUACCUCUACUUAUGCUCUUUGCAAUUAUAUUUGAUAUCAUCGCCCUGUCUGGCAGGGGCUGGGUGGAGACAGAAAGCGGCAGGGAAUAUGCAUCGUUGUGGGAAAAAUGCAGUGGGAACGGCGGCAGCUGCCUAUCUAUCAUGGAUUUCGCUUGGGGUAAAGCAACUGCGGCACUUCUGAUCAUUGGCUUCAUCUUGCUGAUCAUUUGUUUCAUUCUAUCCUUUGUUGCUCUAUGUGUGCCAAAUAUGGGUUUGAUGAGAAUAAUUGGAGCCGUUCUCAUUUUAGCAGUUAUUUUGCAGGUGAUUGCACUGAUUAUUUAUCCAGUGAGUUUUACCAACCAAUUGGCUAAUGGUAAUGAGAGUUAUCUGUACAGCUGGACAUAUGGCUUCGGUUGGGGUAGCACAAUUAUCAUGUUUGGCUGUGCCAUAUUCUUCUGCUGUCUCCCCAACUAUGAAGAUGAACUCCUGGGGAACGUCAAGACAAAAUACUUCUAUACUUCUGCGUAAACAGAUAUUUUAUUGGUCUAGGCUAGCAUAAAGAGACUAUUAACCUUUUUUCACAUAUAAUAGUAUGAACGUUUUGCUUAAGAUCUAUUCCACUGGUGGCUUAGUUUGCCUUUUUUAUGGCUUGUUUUUGUUUAAAGUGGUUGUUCACCUUUAAAAUAACUUUUAGUGUGAUGUAGCGAGCAAUAUUCUGAGACAAUUUGCAAUUGGUUUUCAUGUUUUAUUAUGUGUUGUGUUAUUCAGCAGCUCUCCAGUUUGCAAUUUCAACAAUCUGGUUAAUAAAUUAUCCUAAUAUGCAUGCAUUGUUUUGAAUCUGAACAGGAGAGUGCCUGAAAAGGCAAAUCAUUCAAAAACUAUAAAAAAAAGAGAAAACAAUGUCCAAUGGAAAAGUUUCUUAGAAUUAGCAAUUCUAUAACAUACUAAAAGAUAACUUAAAGGUAUACCACACCUACAUUCUUACUGCAACCAAACUUCCACAUGAUGCUUUUUUUUUUAUCAUGGAUGUAUUUUAAGAUUAAUUCACUGAAAACAGUUGUCGGUAGACUUUUUUUAAUUAGCAACUUUUCUUUUCUUACUAUUUCACCAGGUUAACUGGUAAAAGAAUUAACAUUUAAUCAUGUUGUGCCACAAUUCAUAAAUGUAAAAGUAAGUUGAUAUUUGUGUGCUGUGCAGGCAUUAAAAACAGAAAUCUAUAAAAUUGGGCUGUUCCAUUUGUUUAGUAGCCUACUACAAAUUAGAAUUUUUCAACUAAUGUGCCUUUUUCCUCUUGUCUUAAGAGAACUGUGGCAUGCACUGAUGUUGACUAAACCAACAUGAAAGUAUGUAGAUGGCAGGACAAUAAUUUCUUUGUUUUUAGUAGCCUGAAACCAUGCUGUUGCAUGUCUAAAACAUUUAAAGAUAAUGGGUCCCAUAUCUGUAUUUGGAUUUGAAUGAUAUCAAAGACUAAAAUGCAUUAUAAGGUAGCGUUAAACACAUUUUGUAUGUCUGAUAAAUAUUUUUAAUGUGCAAGAAGAAUUGUAAUGUGUAGAUACAAUUUAAAAGCAAUAAAAUACAUUCUUUCUGUCUAA